UUGUUCAGUAACCAUUGUCGUGUGACGCGUGCAAAGUUUCAUUACUCGAAGAUGCGGCCGCAGCUAGAGCUUAAACCUAUUAUGAAAGUAUCGUCAAAUUAGCGAAGGCGCGGCUCAGGGGCCAGGGGAAGAUGACUGAGUCGCAAAUCUCUUUGGUUCGCUCGGCUGUGAACGCGCUCUACGUCGCGCAAGAUGGGGCGACGCGCAAAGCCGCAGACCACUGGCUGCAAAACUUUCGGAACAGCGCGGGAGCCUGGCAGCUGUGCGUCGCGCUCCUUGCGCGCCCGGGCCUGGCGGACUAUGAGUACCACUUCGCUGCGCACUCACUGCGCCUCGCCUGCAGCAAGGUGCCGGAAAUACUAGACCCGACCGUGCUUCAAGGCCUGGCUGCGCAAAUCGCGUCGUUGCUGCUAUCCAGCGUCAAUGCAGGCGCCUGGCCGGUGGCGGGCCAGCUCAGCUCGGCCCUGGCGGCGUUGACGGUGCGCGCGACGUGCUGGGAGGAGGAGGCGCUCGUGCCGCACCUUUUGUCGUUGCUGGCUCCCCAGGUGGCCACGGCCAUGCUUGCUGACCUGGCGCUUGGCCACGCAGCCGCCGGCGCACCCGGCGGCGCGGGCUCGCCAGUGGUGACGGCGGCGGUGGCGGCGGAGGCCGGCGCCGUGUAUGCGCUACUGCAGGUGGUUAGCAACCUGCCGGAGGCCUGCACCUCCCGCGCUGUGUGCGCGCACACGCAGCGCAAGGCCGUUGUGGCCGCGGCGCUCGCCAGCGACGCCAUGGUCGCGCCACUGCUCCGCGCCGCCGUUGUCGGCAGCCGUAACCUGGGCGCAGGCGCGGCGGGCGCCCAGGCGGGCGCCGCCAGCAGCGGCGCGGCGCUGCGUCGCGCAGGGCUGCAGCUGCUGCGCGCCUGGGCGGAGCAGCUCGGCACGGCGCCGCGCGCGCUGGAGCAUGAGGUGGAGCUGGUGAGCUGCCUGUACGAGUCGCUGGUGACCUCGGACACUGCCGCCCUGGCGGCCGAGUGCCUGUGCGGCCUCAUCAACAACUGCGUGCCGCGCCGCGACGGCGACGGUGGCGAGAACAGCCUCAGCGGCUACCAUUCGGACUCGUCGUCCUCCUCAUCCAUGCUGCUGCUCUCGGACGCGCCGCCUGGCGGCGGCGUGCCGCCGGGUUUCAACGGCUGGCGCCGCGGCGGCGGCACCGUCGGCACCACCGUCGGCACCACCGGCAGCGCCACAAUCGCCAGCAACUGGAGCGAGGCCGGCUUCCGGCGCAGUCGUGGCAUGGGCGGCGGCCCGGGCGGCGCGCCCAGCCGUGGUAGCUCGGGGGCCCACCAGCGCAUCGCGAGCCCGCUGGCGACGGCUGCCGCCGCGGCGGCGGGGCACAGCAGCGGCAAUGGCAUGCUCGGCAUGGCCGGGCUGGCCGCGGGCGCGGGCCUGAGCGUUCAGGGCGUUCUGGCGCUGUCGCCGGAGCGGCAGCUGGCGGCCACGCUGCUGCUGCAGCGGCUGCUGGACGGGCUGCAGGGGCUGCUGCAGAGCGCGGCGGUGGUGUACCGGCAGCAGUACCAGGCCGGCCUGGUGUCACCGCAGCCCGGAGUCGCGCCCGACAGCGACACCGCGUUCUGGUGCCUGUGGACGGACGGUGCCGUGCUUCAGGCCAUCUGCAGCGUGCUUUGCGCCGCCGCGAGCGCGGUGCUGCCGCCGGCGCUGCGCGGGGACGUGGCACUGCAGGGCCGUUUUGCGGUGCUGUGGCCGCAGCUGAUGGCGCUGCUGGGGCACAGCAACCCUGAGGUGGCGCUGGCGUGCGUGUCGUUCUGGCAGGACACCUACCUAGCGCAGCUGCUGCAGAGCUGCGCGCCGCCGCCCGCCGCCGGCGCGCAGCAGACGGCGCUGCAGGCGCACAUCGCAGCGCAGCAGGCAGCGCAGCGGCUGGCCAUGCUGCAGGGCCAUCUGCCGCUGCUGGGGCAGCUGCUGGCGGGACUGGUGUCGCGCGCGGCGCUGGGGACCGAGGCGGCGGCCACAGCCACCGCGGACGCGCGCGACCUGCCCGAGGAGGUCCGCAUGGUGCGGCGCGAGUUGGGCGCCACAAUGCGCGACCUGGUGGAUCUGGUGGGACUUGGCCACGUGGCCGCCUUUCUUGAGCGCAUGAUCUCCGAGCACGCCCUGCAAUUGGGCGCCGCCGCCACCGCCGCCGCGGCCAGCAGCAGCAACAGCACCGCCACCAGCGCCGCCCACAGCACCGUCCACAGCGCCGCGCAGAGCAUUGCCACCAGUGCCGCCAACAGCAACGCGAACAGCGUGGAGGUGGUGCCGGUAGGCCCCGGAGAGGAGGUCCGCAUCGGUGAUGCCACGGUGGCGGUGGCGGGCGGCAAGCCCGGCACGCCGCCGGCGACGGGCCCUGGCGGGCUGGUGGUAUGGACGCGGCUGGAGAGCUCGCUGUACGCAGCCAAUGUUGCUUUGUGCAGCGGCGGCGGUCUGGCGGGUGCCAUCAGGACGCCCACCCGCCCCAACAGGCCGCCGCCCAACGACAACUCCACGGGCUCCGCCGGCAGCACCAGCACCCUGGCCUCGCCGCCCGGGCCCCACGUGCCACCGCACACGCACCACCAGGGCCAGCCGGCGCCUCGCGCCGCGGCCGCCGCCGCUGCCGCCGCCGCCGCCGUCAACGGCCCGCCCGUCGAUGACGCGCACGUUGCCUCCAUCAUCAACGCCGCCGCCGCGGCGGUGGUGCACCCCGCCUCCUCGCUCAAGCUGGCGGGCACAGCGCUGACGCUGGUGGGUGGCAUGGCGCCCUGGUUUGCGCUGCACCCGGAGGUGCUGGCGAGGCCGCUGGACGCGCUGCGGGCGGCUCUGCGUAGCCCAAACGAGAAGCUGGCGCGCAACGCCGCCACUGCGCUGAACCGGCUGUGCGUGCACCGCGGCUGCGCGGCGCUGCUGCUAGGGCGCUACUCGGGCUGGGUAGCCAGCCUGCUGGAGCUGCUGCCGGGGCCGGGCGUGACGCUGCGGCACAAGCCGGCGCCGGGCGUGGACAUGACCUCUCGCGAGCUGCUCAUCGCCUCGCUUAUGCGCCUGGCCUGCAACGGCGCCGCCUCACCCGGCGCUACCGGCAACAACGCCGGCGCGGAUGCCUCCGGCGCGGGGACCGACAGCGAGGGCAACGUCGCGAUGGGGGAGCAGUCGGCGGCGGGCGGCGAUGCCGCGGCGGCCUCCGGCUCCGAGCUGAGCCCGCGCGAGCUGUUGCGGCAGCUGCUGGCGCCGCGGGUGCAGGCAGCCAUUGAGGAGCUGGACAGACUUGCAGGCAUGCUGCGGGAUGCCGUCAGCUCCGGGGCGCUGACCACUCACCUGGAGCACUGGCGCGGCUCGCGCCGUCAGCUGCAGGUCCAGCUGCAGCAGCAGCAGCUGCAGCAGCUGCAGCAGCUGCAGCAGCAGCGGCACGGCCCGCCGCCGCCGCCGCCCCCGCCACCUCCGGCAAUGCCGCUGGGCUGCCCCUUUACCCCGGCCGACGCCGUCAAUGCGCGCGCGCCGCUGUGCCGCGCCGCCGCGCCCGGCGAGCUGCAGCAGCUGGGCGCCGUCGCCACGGUCGCGGCGCAGCGCGUCGGCGGGCUGGCGUCCAUGCUCAUGUUCAUCCCGGCGGCGGGCCAGGUGCAGGACAUGGGCGGCGGCGGGCACAGCCGCGUCAUUCGCAGCGCGCACGAGGCGCUGCUGGCUUCGGCGCCGCCGGACGGCGACGCGGCCGCGGUCGUGGUGGCGUCACUAGUGGUGCAGAUGGUGCGCACCGUAUGGCCGCACCUGGCCGGCUGCCUGCAGGGGGCGAGGCCUGGCGCGGAGCAAGGCAAGGACGGCGCCACUAGCGGUGCCGCGGCGGAUGGGGCAUCCGCGGCCCCCGAUGAGCAGCAGCAGCAGGAGCAGCAGGCUGCGGAGCAGCGGGCGGUGCUGCUGGAGACGCUGGAGGGCGCGCACCUGCUGCCAGCAGCCUGCUCGCUGCUUCAAGGCUCGCUGCUGGUGGCCGCGGCCGCCGGUCACGUGCUAUCCACCGGCGCUGCGGACCUCCUGUCUAGCGCCAACACCGUCCUGGGCGUGUCGCACGGCGCGCCGCCCAUCCCGCCCACCGAGCAGCAGGUUGCGGCGGUGCUGUGGCCCGCGAACCUUGACUGGUCCGAGGCCGGCCCUGCUGCGCAAGGAAACACAUCCGGGGUUGCCGGCCGCAUCGGCGCAGCGGCGGGCGCGCUGUACCUGCAACAGCAGCGGCAGAUGCUGGCGCUGCAGCCGGGUCCGCCGUUGUGCGUGCUGCAGCUGGUGCUGGGCUGCCUGCCUGUGUGCGGCGACCUGAUCACGCUCAGGCAGGCGGCGCAAGUGCAGCAGCAGCACGCGCAGCAACACCAACAGCUGCAGCAGCUUCAGCAGCAGUUGCAGCAGCUGCAGGGGAAGCAGGCGGCGCAUCAGCCCCAGCCAGAGCCGGACGCGCGGUCUAUGCAGCAGCUGCUGGAGGGCUCGGCGGUUGCGGAGCGCUCCGUUCAGGAGGCGUGCACGGUCGCCAAGGAGGCGUGCUUGAGCCUACUGGCUCCUCGCAGCCUGCCCGGCCGCAGCCACGCGUCCGCCGCCCUGGCGCCCGACCCCGAGCGCAUUCUGGCCGUGCUUCCGGUGCUGCAGUCGCUGCUGCUGAACGCACCGCAGGGCCUGGCCGCUUCAAGGGAACUGCUGGAGGUGGUGGUGGCCACGACCGUGUCCUGCAUGCACUGCAGCGACCCGGAGGCCUGCCGCGCGCUGCUGGAUUGGACGGCGCUGCUGCUGGGCACCACAGGCUUUGCGCCGCAGCUGGGAGGCACUGGCCCAAGCCCUGCCUCAACCGCGCUCGCGGCCGCCGCCAUCGGCUCAAGCAUCGGCGCUGCAGGGCCCGGCGCCGGCGCCGGAGCGGCGGGCGGCGCCAAGGGCGCACCUGGCAACCCCGGAGGCGGCCGUGGACACAGCACCGGCUUGGCGGCGCUGUUUGCGCGCUGCCGCGUCUCGCCGGCACUGGAGGCGGCAUACGCGGAGAUCGCGUCGCAGCUCGACCGGCCGGUCCAGUGCUGCCCGCCCAACGCCAUUGGGCUUGUGUACUCGCAGACCGUGGCCGAGAGCGGCGUGCUGGGUCCGGCGGCGGCGGCUGCUGCCGCCGCUGCCGCGGCCAACGCUGUUGCGGCGCGCGCGGCCGGCGCUGGGCCGGGCUCGGGCACCUCUACGGCCGGCAACAGCGCCAGCUCGGACUUGGUGUCGCUGCAGGCGCAGCUCCAGGCGCAGGCGCACCUUCAGGCACAGAUGCAGAUGCAGGCACAGCUGCAGGCGCAGGCCACGGCUGCGGCGCAGGCGCAGGCGCUGGGGCUGCAGGGCUUGGGCGGCGCGGGAGGCAUCCCCUCGCUGGGCAUGCUGGGCGGCGCAGGCGGCAUGAUGGGUCUGGGUACCUUCGGGGGAAUGGGGGGCAUGGGCCAGCAGCAGCAGCAGAUGCUGAUGAUGCACGGUGGCCGCCUGACCAGCAUCAACGUCAACACCUUGGGCGGCGGCAUGAACGUGAGCGGCUUGGGCGGCGGCAUGAACGUCAACGCGAUGGGCGGUCUGGUCGGUGGUGGUGGCCGGCAGCCGGGCAUGUUCGGCAUGCUGGGUAUGCCGGCGCCGGCACCGCCCGCGCCGCCGCCGCCGCUGCAGCCGGUAGUGGGCUGCCUGGGCUCGGUACUGGUGCUGUCGCUGAUGGUGGCGGCCAGCGUCGGCAUGCCGCCCGACCUCAUGCUGCCCAUCAGCAACUGCCUGCACAGCGGCUGGCUGGCCAUGGGCGGCGCGCGCUUCCGGACCUGGCUGCGCUCGGCGGCCGUGGAGCUGUCGGCGCCGCCGGGCGGCCACGCCCCCAUGGCUGCAAUGGGCGCCGGCAUGGGCGGCAUGGGCGGCAUGGGUGGCGUGGGCGGCAUGGGCGGGGCGGGGAUGAUGGGCAUGGUGGGCGGCAGUGGGCCGUUCAGCGUGGGCGGCGGCCUGCCGUGGGCGCGGCUCACGUCGGACCUGCUUGCGUUGUCGCUGACGGAGCUGUGGGGCGACGACUGCGAGCGCGAUGUCGUGAAGUUCAAGCGGGCGCUCAAAACGCUCUGCGGCGGAAAGAAGAGGGGCACGGGGCCAUACUAAACUAAUGAUGCUGGCAAACUGCAUGGGCGUGUGUAGAUGGACACUGGGCAUGCCAGCGUGCCGGGACCGCGACGCUAUGCGGCGUUGCAGGGCGGACGCGCGUGCGCAUGUGUGAGAGAGACAGAGAGAGCAAGGGCGGUAAAUUCUAGAACGCGCGGCAGCGUAUGGCACGGCACGCUCAGCGCACUGCUCAAAUGUCCACGUCGCACAAGCAACACGCAGCGGUGACACGGCGUUUUUUCGAUGUGCAUGAUAGCUUCUUUUAUCGGUAUGGUCGGAGAUCGGAUGACCUUCGGGCGCUGUGCGUUUUGCGCAUUCUUAUCGAUGCGCUAAUAAACCUUCGGGCGGAAUAGGGUUUGGGUCAUGUUCAUUCUGUUGGGGUCGUCGAUUGGGGUCGUCAAUGCCUGCAAGAACUCAUGCGUGCGUGCAUCAAUGGCGAUUGAACACGGACCUUGCUAAGGUUGUGCGGUUACAUCCGAAUACCGGAGGCUGCACGCAGAUGAGCCACAUGUCCGACGCUUCUGAAACCGUGUCGCUUAUGAGCACAACCGGCUUUUACGCUCCUUACCGCAAUGGCGAACGUCGUUCCGUGUUGAGUACCGUACACUUGAUGGAAACCGUGAGGCAUGGCAUGCCGGUGCACUCGUGCGUUUGAGUGUCAUGUUAUUAGGGAAAGGAGUAUGUCCUUUCAACCGCCCAUCACCAUGAACCAGGCCAUGCAUUCAGCGCGGCUGCGAUAUGCAGUGAACAUAUUGCAGCCAAGCAUCGUGGCCUGGCAAAAAAUAGCUCACUGUGAUGUGUCCUGCUGAUGGGCCGCAUGGCUCCAGUGAAGUGGGCAAGUGGUGCACGGUGCGGUUGAGGCGCUAGCGCGUGUGGCUAGCGCGUCAAGCACCAUCACACAGCACUUGAUGGGUUUGUGCAUUGUCGCGCAUGGGAGGGUGUCAUCAGCUCGUGAUGGAUACACGCGGCUUGGCAAAGAGCAAUGCUGUGGAAUCAUGAGCAUGAGGAGAAGUGCCGGGGUGCUGCACAAGGAUCAGUAAAAACAACCAGGCAUCUGCGUAUGUGGUACGUGUGCCCCUUAAGUUAUAUCCUGCCAAGGAGAGAUUGUGGCAGUUGAAUGGGCACGACUGGUGAGGGCCUCACACCCUCUGCAAGGAAAACGGGAGAUGUAUUGGCACUGCGUGCAUUACCUUGGCCUUCGUGCCCGUGCGAUUGUCAGCAUGAGCCGGAGAUGCCGAUGCCGACUGCACUGGGGAAGUUGGGAGAGACUAGAAGUACUGCUAGACCGCCGCAACUGGAGCCGACUUGAAGAUGCGAAUCGUGCGGGUGGCAGGAAGCCCAGGUACAGCAGAACACGGUAGCGGGUGUGAGGUGGCGUUGACCGCGUGAAGAGAAUAGGAGAUUGGGUUAGGCGGUUACCGUGUGGUAGUGCGCUGCAUGUCCAGCUGGCGUAGCACAUCCUAUGGGCCUCCCCUAACCAGGGGUGGGUUCUGCUAGAGACAAAUGGCUCAGACUGUUGUCUUUAGAGAGCCACCUCUCAAAUGGCAUUAAACCGAUACCGUAGACGCACGCCGCAUUUUGUGUAACUUGCGCUUGCAUGAGCAGAGAGCAUCGGCGGCGGGGUUGGAGGCUGUUAAGGUGUUUGGCGCCUGCAUGGGCAGCGAGUGCCGACAGCAGGUAGAGAAGCUUUGGAGAUGUCAGGGGGGAGGUUCGGAACACGCCUCGCAUGGCCAGCGCGCGAAGCCAACGGAGCCUGCCCGGCCUGCUUGUAACAACCUGGACAG